ACUCACAGGUCCUGAAUUAGAUCUGCUGUCUCAUUAGUGUUAGUGGGCUGCACCUAACACUUUUGCAAAACUUGUUUACUCUUUACCACUUACAGGACAUUGCAUGGCCAAACCUGAGGUGAUCUUCCAGUUGGAGCAUGGAUUUGGGCCAUGGCCUGUGGGAGCCUCCUCUGUCUGCAGCCUUGCAGGUAUUCAUAAAAAGCCUGCCUGGAACGAGACUGACCAGGAAAAUCACAAAGGACAUUGUUGGCAAGUUGAAAUUACCAACACCUGGACAUCAAAUGACAAAAUUGUUGAAGCAGACCUGAAGGUGGCACAGAAGAUCCAACAAGGGACAGCAUCCUAUGAAGAUAAAGGAUGUUUGAAGACAUUUUGCCAGCAGUCACAGCACACAAGGAGUCAGAUGAGUUACACAUGUAAGAAAAGCGUCUGGUGUAAGUCACAUCUCAAUAACUGUCAGAGGCUUCCGAAUGAGGAGACAAAGUAUACACACAGACAGCGCAAGAAGUCACACCUGACUGAACAGAGAAGUCACGAAGGGGAGAAGCCAUAUGAAAGCUCAGGAUGUGGGAAAGCACCCCAUACCAAGUCUCAGCGUCAGACCACUCAUAGAGAUGAGAAGCCCUACAAAUGUCUAGAAUGUGGGAAAUAUUUCUACUUCAAGUCACAAGUCAUUGAACAUCAAAGAAGUCAUACAGGUGAGAAGCCUUAUGAGUGUACAGAAUGUGGGAAAUCUUUCAGCUAUAAAUCGCAUCUCACUGUACAUCACAGAAGUCACACAGGUGAGAAGCGUCAUGAAUGUACAGAAUGUAGAAAAGUUUUUUACUAUAAGUCACAACUCACACAGCACCAGGAAAGUCAUACAGGGGAGAAGCGCUAUGAAUGUACACAAUGCCCGGAAGCUUUCUACUUCAAGAAACAACUUACUCACCACCAGAAAACUCAUAGUGCUGAAAAGUGCUUUAAAUGUAAAGAAUGUGGUAAAACAUUCAACUGGAGGUCCAACCUUGCUGUUCAUCAGAAAAUUCAUAGUGGGGAGAAGCCCUUUGAAUGUAAACAAUGUGGAAAAGCAUUUUACUGCAAGUCCCACCUCACUGUGCAUCAGAAAACUCAUAUAAGUGAAAAGCUCUAUCAGUGUUCACAGUGCAGGAAGGCAUUCUACUCUCAGACACAGCUUACUCUACAUCAGAGAAUUCACACUGACGAGAAGCCCUAUGAAUGUCAGCAAUGUGACAAAACAUUCUACAGCAAGUCUGGGCUUACUGCACAUCAGAAAACUCACACGGGCAAGAAGCCCUAUGAAUGUAAAGAGUGUGUGAAAGCAUUCUAUAACAAGUACUUGCUCAUUGAACAUCAUAGAGUGCACACAGGUGAGAAGCCCUAUCAAUGUACAGAAUGCAAGAAAGCAUUUUUCUCCAAGAAACAUCUUUCUCUACAUCAGAAAACUCAUGCAAGUGAGAAGUCAUUUCAUUGUGCAGAGUGUGGGAAAGCUUUCUCCUGGAUGUCACACCUCACUCAGCAUCAGAGAAUUCACACAGGUGAGAAGCCCUAUGCAUGUGAACAGUGUAGGAAGACUUACUACUUCAAGAGACAACUCACUCGACAUCAAAGAACUCAUACACAUGAGAAGUCAUGAGGUGCAAAUAAUGCAGGAGAAUGCAACCUUUCUGUGUAUGAAAGAGCUCAAACAAGGGAGAAUCCCUGUGGUGAGUGUACCAGAUACAGAAAUUUUUCCUCCCUUAUGCAUACCUUACUCCAAGUCAGAUGAGAAAGCCUAAGAGAGUAAAGAAUGUAUGAACUCUUACUCAAGUGUGUAAUCAGAAAGCUUGUAGGUGAGAAUGGUUAACUUAAAAACUGGAAAUUUUCUAGUAUAAGUCAGGUGCUACUCAGUCAAUGAACAUAUACAGGAGUCUGUCUGCAAACAUUGUUGGAAGGCCACAUAUACUGUCUUGUAAGAGAAUUCAUACAUGGGCUGUCUCCAAUGAAAUAAAAAACUAUGCAAAGGCUUUCUCACUCUUCAAAUUCCUUCAGUAUAUUGUAGGUGAGUAUUGUAGAGUGUAAAGAACAGAGGAAUGCUUUCCAGCACUAAGCCCCAUCAAUUCCCACCUGAAAGGUUUUACAGGUGUGGGNCCCAUGAAAUUAGUGAAAAUAGAUACAUUUUGAGGCAGAAAUUGGGCCUCUGCAUUAGCAACUUCUCAUGUGAUAUGCCAAGUAGAGCAAAAAGCAAAGUGAGAUAUAUUACUUCUUGCUUUCAGUUCUAGGCCCUGGUACUGCUGGUUUGCUGCAACUCAGUGAUUGAAGAUUGAACUUAGCAAGCUAGGCAGGUUUCAUUUGAUAAAAAGCAGGAAAGCCUUCUUGAAGUGCCCAUGUUAAGUUAUGACAUUGCAGCCCAUGUGUUUCAAACCCUAAGAGUCUAAAGAGUACCAAGACUUUUGAAGUGAACUUGAAAUGUAUCUGGCAUCAGAAUCCCAACAGAGCUGAUUAAGUAGAGGAUUCUACUAUGAAGACAUACUUCUGUAGUUCAUGUGAUUUUUUUUUUUUUAACAAGAAUUUACCAACUAUUAGUGUAAGUAUUCUAGAAACAGCAUUCAGCCAU